CCAAAUACCUUGUACUUUUAAUUUUUUAACCUGCUUUGACCAGCAAAAUGUAGUUCAUACUUAAUUUGUGUGGCUGAAACCUUAUCUGGUUUUUUCUUCAGUGUUCUGACCAUUAUAAAAACCUGAAGCUUCCCAUUUGCUACAUGUACUUCUGUCCAACUUUCAUAUGUUGGCCUAUACAUGUCAUUAAGGUUAAUUAGAUGGAUAUCCCUCUGAGAUUUUGUCUAUUGGAGCGCAUUUGAUCAUAUUAAUUGCUCUGAGCUUAUAGAGCUUGGAAGAAGCAAGUAAGGCCAUGGCGGUGGCAAGACCUACAUUAUUGGUCACGGACUCUACAUUGAAUGUGUGGCAUUCCAACUUCCAUAUAGAUUCUAUAUCUUCUCUAAGAUGGCAUGUCAUAAUGGAUAUUCCUUUAGGAGUGAAAAGCACCUGGACUGGUACGGGUUGGAGCUUCCUUGCCUUUGAGAAGUCAAUUAAUGCAUAACUAAGGUUUUCUCGUUCAUAGAUAUAUCUCCUGUCUUUGAGUUAGUGUAUUUUUCUUUAUUGUUAUAUUCUAGGGUUGAACACAGAAAUGCUCAAGAUCCAUUAUAAUUUAUGUCUAGCAACUGAUUACUGUUGGGCACCAGAAGGAGCUGCUAUCAUAUGUUUUACAUCAGGAACCACUGGCAGACCUAAGGGAGUUACUUUAAGCCACUCUGCUUUGUUAGUACAGUCCCUUGCAAAAAUUGCAAUUGUUGGUUAUGGAGAGGAUGAUGUGUAUUUACACACGGCUCCACUUUGCCACAUUGGAGGAAUAUCAUCUGCCUUGGCUGUCUUAAUGAGCGGAGGUUGCCACAUCUUUAUGCCCAAGUUUGACGCUGGAUUGGCUGUUGAGUCCAUUCACCAUUAUGAUAUCACCUCUUUAAUUACUGUUCCAACUAUGAUGGCUGAUCUAGUAACAUUUUAUAGCAGAAAGGGGGCACCUGGAAGGUCAGAAACAGUGAAGAAGAUUCUUAAUGGGGGUGGGGCCCUUUCAGUUGAACUUAUCACUCAGGCAGCUAAAAUAUUUCCAAGGGCUAAACUUCUUUCUGCAUAUGGGAUGACAGAGGCGUGUUCUUCAAUGACAUUCAUGACGCUCUAUGAUCCGACAAAAGGAAGUGUUAGACAGCAGCUCCAACUGAAUGUUGGUGGAAACUCCAAAUUUUCAGGCCAACAAAAGGGAAUCUGUGUUGGAAAGCCUGCCCCACAUGUUGAAUUGAAAGUUUGUUCAGAGGGUUCAUCUCAUAUUGGGAGGAUACUAACACGAGGCUCUCAUGUAAUGCUUGGAUACUGGGGCCAAAUAUCAAACGAAACUUUCAAAUUUGUGGGUGACAACUGGCUCGACACAGGUGACAUAGGGCAUAUAGAUGACCAUGGCAAUAUGUGGCUCAUUGGGCGUUCUCAGGGUCAAAUCAAGAGUGGAGGAGAGAAUGUUUAUCCUGAAGAAGUAGAAGCUGUCCUGUCACAACACACUGGUGUUUCUGGCAAUGUAGUUAUUGGACUUCCAGAUUCGCGGUUGGGAGAGAUGGUCAUUGCCUGCAUUCAGCUCAGGGGCAAUUGGCAGUGGGAUGAUUUGAAAUCCAAUCCAUCAUCAAUUAGCUACCCCACAAACUAUUUGUCUGCAGACAUCCUCCGGUGCUUCUGUAAAGAAAAACAGUUGACUGGGUUUAAAGUACCAAAGAAAUUUAUUCUCUGGAGGAAUCGGUUUCCAGUGACAACAACCGGAAAAAUAAGAAGAGACCAACUUAAAGCAGAAGUAAUGUCUACUAUGCAGUUGAUGCCCAGCAAACUUUAGCCACGGUACUUAAGCUGCAGCCUGGGGAGGUGGUCAUUAAUUGGAGUUGUCCACUCUUGACUCUUCUACCAUAUUAUAUGGUACGUUUGGUUGUACCUGGUUUCCUAUACAUCCAAUGGGAGUUUUGUUAUUUGUUGUUAUCUACUUGGGUUGAUUAUAGUAACUCCGUCCUAGAGUGUUUGUCAAUUUUUGACUUUUUGCAAUCAAAAUUGAUGAACUUUGGCCCUUAAUUAAAUAAAUUAAUAUUAGGUAUUGAUACAAAAGUGAUUUUAUUAGUUGUUUUGUAAAAUAGUUUCAAAAUAUUAUUUUAUCUAAUCAAUAUACCAUGUUAUUCUUAUUUAAUUAAAGGUGAAAUGUCGAUUUUGAUUGGCUGGAAAAAGUCAAAAUUGGUCGAAUACUCUAGGACAGAGAGUGUAUCUAUUCCCAUGUUCCGAUCUUUCCAUUUUUUUGACCCAUUUCUUGGGUAAAGUCUCCCAACUAUAUUUGAAAAUGAAUUGGUUAUCCAUAA